AGUCCGUAGUUUCUUUUAACGGUCUGCCCACGGUCACUCUGUUUGCUACCCGGUAAAAUGAGUUUUGCGCUGCAUUAAAUAGAAAAUAAACACAACAAUUCGCGUCUGCCGACCGCGUUAAGUGACUAAAAGUGUUCGCCAGUGCGCGAUUGACCGUGCAAACUUCCCAGGAAGGCUGUGGCAAGUGACUCCAACCCAUCAUCGAUUUUUUUCUGCGCUGCUGCCACAUUAAUUUGGGCCCGGGGAAAAGCGAAAUAAACAGAAAUGUCGCGCCAUCCAAGCGAUAGAAAGGUGUACGUGGGUGAUCUGGGCAACAAUGCCCGCAAGAACGACCUGGAGUAUGUGUUUGGGGCGUACGGCAGUCUGCGCAGCGUCUGGAUAGCCCGCAAUCCGCCAGGCUUUGCCUUCGUGGAGUUCGAGAGUGCCCGUGAUGCGGCGGAUGCAGUGCGCGGAUUGGACGGACGGACGGUUUGCGGACGCCGAGCCCGGGUUGAAUUGUCCACUGGAAAGUAUGCCAGGUCCGGCGGAGGAAGUGGUGGUGGAGGAGGAGGCGGCGGCGGUGGUGGUGGUGGACUCAGUGGACGCGACCGUGGCGGCGGUGGUCGUGGAGACGAUAAGUGCUACGAGUGCGGCGGACGGGGACAUUUUGCUCGCCACUGCCGCGAAAGGAAGGCCAGGCAGAGACGCAGAAGCAACUCAUUCAGCAGAUCUCGCAGCACAUCGCGACGCAGGCGCACUCGCUCCAAGUCUGGCACUCGAUCCCGCAGUCGCUCCGCCGGCUCGGUGGGCCGUCGCUCCGGUCGCUCAAACGGACGGGAUGAGAACGGAUCGGCGUCGAGGUACAGCGACCACGAGCGCAACGGCAGUGGAGCGGUAGACUCUCCGCCGCCGCCAAAGCGGCGCUAUGACGAUGAGGACGAUGACCGGGUCAGGGGAUCGCCGCGGUCGCGUUCCCGAUCUCGAUCGGCGUCGCCAGCGGUGCGCCGUGGAUCACCGCCCAGGCGUCGUGGUGACUCGUCCGCCUCACGUUCCGUUUCAAGGGACUAGCGACACCGAACGGAUGCAGACGGAGCCCGACACGCGAUGAUGAGGGCCAGAGCUGCAACCCCCCCAUGAAUCCGGCGAGGUGGGCUCUCCACGCACUGGACUCUAACCCUCAUUCCCAAAAGAAACAACCUCACAUGUAACAAGACAGAUUCCCAAAUACUUUUUCAUGCAGUAUCCAUCUACGGUUUAGUUGUCCAAAACCAUAUUAGAUAAGGGUUUUAAUUUAUAGUGGAACUCGAGUUUGCAUAUUUUAGGUAUUCUUAUGUUCCAACACAAAAACAAAUACAAGCACACGCAGAACAAAGGAGAGCGCUUCGGAAAAUCAUUUGACGGAAGGAAAUUUAAGAUAUAGAAAUGGAUCGGCAGCCGCAGAUUAUCGAUCUAGUCAAGAUUGCUAUGUAAAUUGAUUUGCCUUGGAUUUUUUUUUGCUUACCCUGGAAUUAUACUCGAAUGUGCAGAGGACAAAGCAUCGCCACCAUUUUCAUGUCAAUUCUACACAAUUUUCAAUUUAUACAACACAACACACUUGAUUAUUUGACUCCAAUCUCUGUAUGAUGUGUUUCUAUAUUCGUAAUAAUUAAGUCUUGCAACAGUGCAUAAUAAUUAUUCAUACAUUGAUGUCAUAGUUAAGUAUUAAAAAAUACAUAUGUAUGGAUUCUUGAGCUGUGUGUUUGAAUUAUAUAGCAAAUGCGCCGAACACUAAAAUACAGAUAUUCAAUCAAUAAAUUAAAUGCCAAAAUAA